AUGGCGGCAGCAGAGAAUUCAUCAGGUGGCGGAAGGAGGAAUUCCAACACUCAGCUCCUGGAAGAGCUAGAAGCGCUCAGUGAGUCACUCUACCAAUCCCACACGUCCACUACUACCACUCGAAGAACUGCCUCCCUUGCUCUUCCGCGAACCUCGAUUCCUGCAAUUGCUGCCGCGGCUAAAGUUGAGGAGAUCAAAGCCAAUAGCACCAAACCGCUGAGAAGGCGUUUGUCUUUGUCGCCUUGGCGCUCACGUCCAAACGAAAAUGAACACAAAGAUCGAGGCAAGGGGACGAGCAGUAUUAAUCAGCUGGAGCUGAAGAGCAAUGUGGAGGAGAGAUCAAGUAGCACAGAGAAAAAGGGUAUUUGGAAUUGGAAGCCGAUUCGUGCUAUAUCUCACAUUGGAAUGCACAAGAUCAGCUGCUUGUUUUCGGUAGAGGUUGUCACUGCACAAGGCCUUCCUGCUUCGAUGAAUGGCCUUCGUCUUUCCAUUUGUGUGAGGAAGAAGGAGAGCAAAGACGGAGCAGUUCAAACAAUGCCAUCAAGGGUCACACAAGGAGCUGCAGAUUUCGAAGAGACCCUUUUCUUUAGGUGCCAUGUGUAUUGUAGUUCUGGCCAGGGGAAGCCGAUGAAGUUUGAGCCACGGCCCUUUUGGAUAUAUGUGUUCGCAGUUGAUGCUGAGGAGCUUGAUUUUGGCAGAAAUUCCGUGGAUUUGAGUCAGCUGAUUCAGGAGUCCAUUGAGAAGAGCCAUGAAGGUAAACGAAUUCGCCAAUGGGAUAAGAGCUUUAGAUUGGCAGGGAAGGCGAAAGGUGGGGAGCUUGUUCUGAAGUUGGGGUUUCAGAUUAUGGAGAAAGAUGGAGGAGUUGGAAUCUAUAGUCAAGCUGAGGAUUUGAAGAGUGCUAAAUCCAAGACAUUCUCGUCUUCUUUUGCAAGGAAGCAGUCGAAGACUUCUUUUAGUGUGCCUAGUCCAAAGCUAUCAAGCAGAGAAGCAUGGACUCCUUCACAAAUAGGACAAUCUGCUCAUGAUCUUCAUGGAAUCGAUGAGCUGAAUCUUGAUGAACCCAACCCGGUUCCAGUAUCCUCUUCUUCUUUGGCGCAGAAGCCAAAAGAACCAGAAGUACCGAAGGUAGAGGAUCUUGAUCUUCCAGACUUCGAAGUAGUGGAUAAGGGAGUUGAAUUCCAAGACAAGGAAGGGGAAUAUGGGGAAACACAAUCAGAAAUAUCCCUUGAUGAAAAAUCAGCAAUAUCGAGUGAGGUUGUGAAGGAAAUUGUGCAAGACCAAGUGCAUAUGAAAAGAUUGACAGAGCUGGAUUUGAUUGCUCAGCAGAUUAAAGCUCUUGAAUCUAUGAUGGGGAAAGAAAAAACUGUCGCCAAAGACGAAGAAAUUGGAUCACAAAUAUUGGAGGCAGAUGAAGAAACAGUUACCAAGGAGUUCCUUCAAAUGCUUGAGGAUGAGGAUAUCAUAAAUGAGUAUAAGCUCACCCAAAGUGAUAUUCCACCACUACAGCUUGAAGGAGCUGAAGAUUCCAAAGAGGCUGAAUCCGAAGUAUUCCUUCCUGAUCUAGGAAAGAGCUUAGGCUGUGUGGUUCAAACCAGAGAUGGAGGUUACUUGGCAGCCAUGAAUCCUCUGGAUAAUGUGGUAGCAAGGAAAGAUACACCGAAACUUGCCAUGCAAAUAUCAAAACCAUUUGUUUUGCCACGGGACCAGUCCAUGAGUGGCUUCGAAUUGUUCCAAAGGAUUGCAGCCAUUGGACUUGAUGAAUUGAAUUCCCAAAUUUCGACUUUGACGAGCAUGGAUGACCUGAUGGAUAAAACCGCAGAACAGAUAGCUUUCGAAGGCAUUGCUUCCGCAAUCAUCCAAGGGAGGAACAAAGAAGGUGCAAGCUCGAGUGCUGCACGAACCAUUGCUGCUGUGAAAACCAUGGCAACUGCAAUGAGUGCCGGUAGAAAAGAGAGGAUUUCCACAGGGAUUUGGAAUGUGAAUGAAAACCCGUUAACAGCAGAGGAGAUUCUUGCAUUCUCAAUGCAGAAAAUUGAGUCCAUGGCUCUUGAAGCUUUGAAGAUUCAGGCUGAAAUGGCAGAGGAAGAAGCCCCAUUUGAUGUUUCGCCAUUGAUUGGCACCACAGCAACUGGAGGAAAAGUUCAAAAUCAACCACUUGCUUCUUCAAUAUCGCUCGAGGACUGGAUCAAAGACCACAGCUUGGUCGGUGUAGAUGACUCAUUACAACCAGGUGGUGGUCAUACCGAGACAAUCACACUGGCAGUGGUUGUUCAGCUGAGGGAUCCGGUAAGGCGGUAUGAGGCUGUAGGAGGCCCAAUGAUUGCAGUUAUCUAUGCAACAAGAGCUGAUAACACCGGUGCAGUGGAUAAGCAUGAGGAGGAGGAGGAGAAGAGAUUCAAAGUGGCGAGUUUGCAUGUUGGAGGGUUAAAGGUGAGGUCAAGAGGCGUUAGGAGAAAUGCAUGGGACAGUGAGAAGCAGAGACUAACUGCAAUGCAGUGGCUGGUGGCUUAUGGAUUUGCAAAGGCAGGGAAGAAAGGCAAACAUAGUGUGUCAUCGAAAGGUCAAGAUCUAUUAUGGAGCAUUUCAUCAAGAGUAAUGGCUGAUAUGUGGCUCAAAUACAUGAGAAACCCAGAUGUAAAGUUUACCAAUUGAUGGAUUGUGUAUUCUUGGGUUAGCUAUACCAUUUAUUUUUGUUUUGUAUUUUAUCUGUGGUGAGAUCUACAAGGGAUGAAGAGUGCAGGUACUGGGAUUCAUUAGUUAGCACAGUGAGAGUGACAGAAUGUAAAAUUUCAUAGCAGCUCCGAUUAAUAAAUUUUGAUGCAUAUGUGAAUAACUUAUCUCUACUA